UUCUUACUUUCUGCUUCUCUCUCUUUCAUUCUUCCUCUUCCUCUUCCUCUUGAAGGUCUCCCAUGAAAUGGCUAUGGUUUCUGAGAACAAAACUUCUGUGUGCGACGUUCUUCAUGCCCUUCGAGUGGAAACCCCAUUGCAGUUUGUACUCAAAGCCUCUGUAAAAUCCCCUUCCGCUCUCCUCAUGUUACAGCUCUCUGCAAUUUCCUUAAUGUCGCAACUCAUCGAAGCCUGCCUCAGACCGCUCGGACAAUCCUCCAUUGUCUCUAAUAUCGUUGGCGGCAUCAUCUUGGGUCCAUCGUUAUUGGGGCAAAACGAUGAUAUAGCGAAAAGUUUGUUCCCCCAACGAGGCAAUGUAAUAUUAGAAACUUUUGGAAGUUUUGGCCUCAUGUUCUUCCUCUUUGUCAUGGGAGUGAAGAUCGAUGCAGCAGUGAUGCUGCGGCCAGGGCGCCAGGCCAUGCUUGUGGGUCUGUUUGUGUUCAUUUUCACCUUGACAUUCCCAAUCAUAUUUGUGUUCAUUGUGAAGGAAUUCUUCCCAAUCUAUUACCACAGCGCCAACUCUAUUUUGCUCAUAGCUUUGUCUCAGACCUUGAUUGGCUCUCCUGUUAUUGCUCUUCUGUUAACCGAGCUCAAGAUCUUGAACACCGACAUUGGCCGCCUUGCCCUUACUUCAUCCAUGUUCUGCGAUGUAAUGGGCAUCUUCAUGGCUGUCGCCACCUUAUCAUUUACAGAAAACAAGAAUGCCAACUCCCAAAAUCCAAUCUAUUCACUAAUAUCAUCGCUCGCACUCAUCAGUGGCAUCGUCUACAUCCUUAAGCCCGCAAUUCUAUGGAUGCUGAACCGAUUUCAAGAYGGGAAGUUGAUUAACGAGAUCUGUAUCAUCUGCAUUUUCAUUCUUGUGCUGUUCACUGGGUUUCUGAGUGAGAUMAUUGGGCAACAUUAUUUCUUGGGGCCAUUGGUUCUUGGCUUGGUUGUGCCAGAUGGUCCUCCAUUGGGGGCUACCAUUGUGAACAAAUUGGAAACUUUAGCUUCAAGGUUGUUUUAUCCAACUUUUCUGGCUGUUAGUGGAUUGCAGACCAAUAUCUUCAUUAUAAAUCUUGAUGCUUCUUGGGUUAUUGUGAUUGUUCUUCUGUUUUCCUUCCUUGUCAAGAUUUUAGCAGUGACGGUGCCUUCAAAAUACCUCAAUCUGCCUCUUCGAGAUGCUUUCGUUCUUGGCCUCAUUUUUAAUGCAAGAGGUUUCUUGCAGCUGAUGGUUUUCAAUUUCUGGAAGCAUAGUGAGGUCAUUUCAGAUGAAGAGUUUGCUUUAGCUGUAGUCUCAGUGGUGGUUAUAACAGCCAUCAUAACACCAUUAAUCAAGCUUCUUUAUGAUCCAUCGAAACGCUACUUCUCAUUAUCAAGAUGUACAAUUCAACACGCGAAGCCAGAGUCAGAAUUCCGAAUCUUGGUCUGCAUCCACCACCACGAAAACAUCCCCACCAUCGUUAACCUCCUCGAAGUGUCCCAUGCUUCAAAAGACAGCCCCUUGACCGCCAUAGCUCUUAUCUUGGUCGAGCUCGUUGGCAGAAGCAACCCGGUUCUCAUAUCGCACGAACCCGAUCUCACUCUCGAGAGAACCACAUCCAAAGCAUCCCACAUCCUCAAUGCUUUGCGACAAUACGAAGAUCACAAUGCUGGCAACGCUACUGUAGAAGCUUUCACCACAGUCUCGCCUUACAGUUUUAUGCACGACGACGUCUGCAGAGUUGCAUUCGACAAGAAGGCCACCAUUGUCAUCCUUCCUUUCCACAAACAGUGGGCGAUUGAUGGCUCGAUCGGGCAGGUGAACCGCUGCAUUCAGAAUAUGAACCUCCAGAUCCUUGAUAUGGCGCCCUGUUCCAUUGGGAUUCUAAUAGACAAGGGAGUGUUCAGCAAGCAGGUGUCUGUCUUGACGGCGCGAGCUCCAUAUCACGUUGCUGUUCUGUUCAUCGGUGGCGCAGAUGAUGCAGAGUCUCUAGCGUUCGGAGCUCGAAUGGCGAAGCACCACGUCGUCGACUUGACCAUUGUGUGGUUUCUU